AUGGGAGGCGACGACAUCGAGAUAGACGACCAGGCCAUUGCCAGGUUUCAGCGGCUCGUACCCAGACUCGGUGGCAACUACAAGGGCGCCCACGGCAAGGUGGCGGUCGUGGGCGGCUGCCUGGAGUUCACAGGCGCGCCCUUCUUCGCUGCCAUGUCCGCGCUGCGGGUAGGUGCUGACAUGGCGUACGUCAUCUGCACGCCGUCCGCCGCAACGGCCAUCAAGUGCUACAGCCCCGAGCUGAUGGUGCUGCCGUACCUGCCGGAGAUGCCGCCCGGUGAAGAGGACGGCCCAGUGGAUGAGGCGGCAGUGGCUCGGGCCGUCUCCCGCAUCCUGCCUUGGAUCUCUAGGGCCUCAGCUGUGGUGCUCAUGCUCGAGAUCAGAAGGCUAGGAUUGCCGCUGGUGGUGGACGGAAGCGCCCUCACCCAUAUCGUGGCCAAGGCGAGUUUUCGGGUCUUCGUCCACGCCGCUGACACGGUGAUUGGCUACCGGCCCUGCAUCCUGACACCCAAUGUGGCGGAGCUUGGGCGCAUAGCGGAGGCAGUUGGGCUGCAACUGCCGGGCCAGAUGUCGGACGCCUGGCUGGAGCAUGCCCCGAGGGUGGCGCAAGCCUUCCGCGGCCCAGUGGUGCUCGCCAAGGGCAAGGUGGACCUGCUGUGCGGGCCCGGGGACCACGCCGGCGGCGGUGCCGGUGCCGGCGGCUCUAACAGCAGCGCCGGUGGGGGAGACGCGGCGGGUUCCACCUCUGGGGGCGCCUUGCUGCAGCCCCUGCUGCGCUGCUCCAGUCCGGGCUCACAGCGUCGCUGUGGCGGGCAGGGAGAUGUGCUGGCAGGUACGGCAGCCGCUUUCCUGGGCUGGGCCUCGAAGCACAAAGCCAAUGCGCAAAGGGCUGGAGGAGAAGCCACGGGAACACCACCACUACCACCGCCAUCACCGCAGCAGCAGCAGCAGCAGCAGCAGCCCCCGAGGUCUCCAAUGCCGCAGGCUCCUCCGCAAACUCCCGCGGAGGGUGAGGCUGGAAAUGGAGCAGAGGGCCUGGACACGGACACGGUGGCUCUGUGCGGCUACGCGGCGUGUAAGGUCGUCCGGGAGGCGGCUCGCCGGGCUUACAAUAGAUGGGGGCGGCCCAUGCUGGCUGGGGACAUGAUUCCGGAGCUGUACCCUGCGUUUGUGCAGACCGUGGGGAAGCGGUGA